AAGGAAACACCAGUAACAAGAGGAAGAUUUGCCCAUCUUUAAUGAAAGGCUACAUCCAGUCCCUUCCAGGGCCAAAGAGAGAGAGAGAGAGAGAGAGACCGAGUAUAUUUUAUAAGUGAUAACAGAUCUGGAAAGCAUGGGUGAAAUUUCAAAGGAAUCUUUAAAACGGACCCUCUUGCAACUUGAAUGCCAUUUUACUUGGAUGUUGCUGAAGGAGGAUAUUGAUCUUGAUGAAUUGGAGGAAAGAAUUGCUGAACAAAUUAAGUUUUUACUGACCAAAUCUAAAGUCCGAAAUUAUAACCUGCUGGCCUACGUGAAGUACUUGAAUGGCAAGGAGGAAGAGGCUCUGGAAAAUCUGCAGAAGGCUGAAGACGCUGUUAAGAUAGAGUACCCAGAAGAAGUCGAAAAGGCAAGCCUUAUUACAUGGGGCAACUUUGCUUGGGUGUAUUACCGCAUGGACAAACUUGCAGAAGUACAAAGCUACAUAAAGAAGGUGGAAACAACCUGCAAGGAACAUGGAAGUGCCUCUCCUUAUAGAAUGAAAAUCCCACAUAUCGAUGGUGAAAAGGGAUGGGCACUCCUAAAAUUUGGGGGAAAGUAUCAUGAAAAAGCCAAGGAGAGCUUUUUAAAGGCACUAGAAAAAGAACCUGAAAACCCAGAAUAUAAUGCUGGCUAUGCAAUCGCAGUAUAUCGCCUGGAAGAUUUUUAUGGGAAAAAAUCUGCAGCAGAAGGGUCAUCUCUGGAACCCUUGAAGAAGGCAGCAAAACUGAAUCCAAAUAAUGCCUUUCUCCUGCCUAUCCUUGCAUUGAAGCUGCAGGCAACUAAUAAAGUGGAAAAAGGAAAAGAGCUCAUUGAAGAAUCGCUAGGCAAAUUCCCUGGCAUCCCUUAUGUGCUGAGGUACGCUGCCAUAUUUUACAGGAAAAAAGGUGAUGUGGAAAGAUCCCUGGAGCUUUUGAAGGAGGCGUUGAGCUUGACACCAAACUCAGGCUUCCUACAUCACCAGAUGGGGCUUUGCUACAGAGCACAGUAUUUUAAAAUCAAAUUAUCAAAAGACCCAUAUAAAGACAGGAGAAAGAUGGCAGAACUGAUCAGACUGUGCAUCUUUCAUUUCAAUGAAGUGGUGGAACACAAAACCAAAUUUGUCUUUGCUCACAUGGAUCUUGCAAACAUCUACGCAGAAGGGAAAGAGCUCCAGAAAGCGGAAGAGACAUUUCAGGAAGUGUUUGCAAUGAGGAAACUAACUUGUGCAGAGAAACAGCAGCUCCACUUCAAUUAUGGGCGCUUUCAGGAAUACCACAAAAAAUCGGAAUCUGAGGCUGUUGAACACUAUUUGGCCGGGCUGAAGAUUGAAAAUGAAUCACAUGAGAGAAAUAAAUGCAAAUAUAACCUCAAGAAAUUAAUAGAAAGAAGAACCAAGAUAGAUCCAGCAGAUGCUAAGAGUUUUGGCAUCUGUGGAUUCAUUCACCAGCUUGAUGGAGAAAAGCAGCAGGCAAUUGAGUGCUAUGAACGAGCCUUGAAAUUGGAUCCUGAUAAUGAAGAAUAUUUCAGUGCUCUUUUGGACUUGAGACUUUCCUUAGAAAACUAACAUGCAUGCGAUUGUAUGUUGUUCAUUUUCCCUAUCAGUUAAUGUAA